AUGAAGUACAACCCUCGAGUCUCCUCGUCUCGCCGUAAGAGCCGCAAGGCCCAUUUCACGGCACCAUCGUCCGGUCGCCGCGUUUUGAUGAGCGCACCACUCUCAUCCGAUCUGAGGUCCAAGUACAUUGUCAGGUCCAUGCCGGUCCGCAAGGACGAUGAGGUCCAAGCGGUUCGCAGUACCUAUAAAGGCCGCGAAGGGAAAGUUGUACAAGUGUACCGUAAAAAAUGGGUGAUUCACAUCCAGGGGUGUAAAAAGUUGACCCGACCAGUAAAACUGACUGAAACCGACUCGAGUCAAAACUGUUUUGACCUACGCUGUGGUGAUCCAAAACUGACUCAAAUCGGAACUGGUGCUAACCUAAACCCGAGUUGGACCUGA